UUUAUAUGUGUAUGUUUGUGUAUUUAUGAUCGACGGAUAUCAAUAUCCGGGCGUGUUAUGACGAAAUAUAAUUUUUAUCAUUGUCUAAUUCUAGUAUUGUCUAUUUCAAAUUUUUAGUUUCAUUUUUUAUUAUCGUUACCAAAUACCAUCUUUAAAUAUGGAAAUUUCCAUAUAAAUUUAUGGAGUAAAUUUACAUAUGGAACAUUAUGAGUAAAUCCAAUACAUCAAGUUAUUAGUAUUUAAUCACUCAUAUUUAUAUCAAUAUUUAUACAGUGUUAAAUCUAUUUUAAUGUCAUUAAAUUAACACGCAUUGUUAAUUUCUUUAGUAGUGUUAAACUCUUUAUAUAUUUAUAAUUGCAUUGGAAUGUUUGUGCACCAUGUCAAGGCAUACAGUUAACCUUUAAAAUAAAACUUAACAUUUAAGAUCACAAUAUACCCUGUUAUUCUGUGUUAUUUACACUUUGAGGGUCAAAAAAAAUAUUAAUAUUGAAAUUAACUGAUUUUUUAAUAAUUUAUACUAAAAACUUAAUAACAAUUCAAAAUGGUUGGCAUUUUAAACGAAUCUGAUAGUGAUGAUGAUUUACCUCCUGGUUGGGAAGAACGUGCAACUGUUGAUGGAAAUGUUUAUUAUGUUAAUCAUUAUACAAAAGGUACUCAGUGGACACAUCCACGCACUGGUCGUAAAAAAAUAGUAGAAGGAGAAUUGCCUUCUGGGUGGGAAAAAUGUAUUUCAGAUGACGGAAAAAUACUAUUUGUUAAUCAUUUACAUCGUACAACGACGUAUACAGACCCUCGAUUAGCAUUUGCAACUGAAUACAGAGAAGCGUCUCAACCAGUUCGACAAAGAUUUGAUGCUAGUAGUUCAGCAUUAGCUGUACUUCAUGGAAGAGACUUGAGAGGCAAAGUUGCUUUAAUAACUGGUGCUAAUACAGGAAUAGGGUUCGAAACUGCUCGAUCAUUAGCUUUUCAUGGCUGUACUGUAGUGAUGGCUUGUCGAAAUUUAAAAAAGACUGAAGAAGCAAUACAAAGAAUAAAAAAAGAGCGUGAAAAUGUAUCUUGCGAAGCACUUCAAUGCGAUUUAUCAUCUUUACAUAGUAUUAAAAACGCUGCUGAGAAGUUCAAACAAAAAUAUCGAACUCUUCAUAUAUUGAUACUCAAUGCUGGGGUAUUCGGACUUCCAUACACAUUAACUGAGGAUGGGUAUGAGACAAUAUUCCAAGUAAAUUAUUUAUCUCACUAUUAUUUAACUUUGUUAUUGGAACAUCCACUAAGAAGUUGUUCAAAUUCGAGGAUUGUUAUUGUUUCAAGUGAAUCACAUAGAUUUUCUACGAUUCAAAAUGUUGAAGAUAUUCAUCCUCUAACGCUUUCUCCACCUGCGUUUAAAUUUUGGUCAAUGGGUGCUUAUAAUGAUUCAAAACUAUGUAAUGUUUUAUUCGCACAAGAAUUAGCAAAAAGGUGGCCGUCAGUAAGUGUGUUUAGUUGUCAUCCAGGAAAUAUGGUGUCUUCAGAAUUAUCGAGAUAUUGUUGGAUGUAUAGACUUUUAUUUGCUGCAGUGAGACCUUUUACAAAAUCACUGCAGCAAGCAGCAAGUACUCCUGUAUUUUGUGCCACUGCACCAGAAUUAGAAGGAACUACUGGUAUUUAUCUGAACAAUUGUUAUCGCUGUGAAGUAUCAAAUGCUGCUAAAGAUUCUGACCUGGCUGCUAGAUUAUGGAAUGUUAGUCAAGAAAUGAUUAUAAAUGUUGUCAAACGCGAUAAACUGUGGUAUGAAUUAGCUUUGAAAUGAUUGUAAAUUUUAUUAUUUUUGAUACUUUAGGAUCAUUAAAUAAUUUUAUCUAUUUAUCUGA